AUGGAAGUUUUACAAAACAUGAAUCGUAUGGAUAGGCGCAUUGAGGAAAUUCAAAACCUCAAAAAUAUUAUUAACAAUAAAUUGAACAAAAAUGUAAAUGAUGAUGUUGAUGGUUACAUGAGGCAAUUAGUUGAUUUAUAUUUCAAGUCUCAGAAAUCUAAGAGCAAACAUUUGGGUAGUAAGAAAGGGAAAAGCAAUUCAAAAAUUAGAUCUGUGUCCAGAAAGAGUGAAAGAAAAAUAAAUGUAGGAAAGGGAAUCGAGAAAAUGCAACAUUAUGAAAAUAAUGACCAGAACAACAUAAAUAAUAAAAAUAAUGAUAAUAAAAAUAAUAAUAAUGAUAAUAAUAAUGAUAACAAUAAUAAUAAUAACAAUAAUAAUAAUAACAAUAAUAAUAACAAUAAUAACAAUAAUAAUAAUAAUAAUAAUAAUAAUAAUAAUAAUAAUAAUUAUGAUAAUAAUUCUAAACAAAGCUUCAGUCAAAAAAACAGCAGCGAAAAUUAUGAUAACGGAUCAGGAAGUGAUGAUGAAGAAAAAAAAAAUAAUAAUUAUAAUGAAGAAAAUGAAAACAACACACAAAAAAAAAAGAAAAAGAAAAAAAAAGCAAACAAAAAAAAUAAAAAUAAAAAUAAAAACUCUGACAAGUCCGAAACGAAUGAUGAAGGGGAAGUCUCUGUAGAAAUGGAAGAAAAGGAGAAUACCAUUGAACAACAAAAUGAAAAAUUAGAUGAAAAAUUAAAUGAAAAAUUAAAUGAACAAUUAAAUGAACAAUUAAAUGAACAAUCAAAUGAACAAUCAAAUGAACAAUUAAAUGAACAAUCAAAUGAACAAUCAAAUGAACAAUCAAAUGAACAAUCAAAUGAACAAUCAAAUGAACAAUCAAACGAAAUUUUUGAUGAACAAUCAAAUAACAGGAAUAAGGAUGAACCAAAUAGAUCUAACUAUGUAAACACGGAAAAAGUUAUAGAUCAAGAAAAAUUCCUCCCAGAAGAAAAAGGGAAAAUUUCAGAAUCUGGGAACAUUGUAGAAGAACAAAAUAAUGCAGAUUCUUUAGAUGAACGUAAAGAAAAGAAUAUGAAGAGUGCUAUAAGAUUUAUGAAGGAAUCUAAUUAUGAAGAUCCUCAUUUAAAUGCUUGUCUGUCAGAUAGUAAUAAUAUAGAUGGUGUGAAUAUAAAUCAAAAUGGAGAAGAAUUAAAAGUAAAAGAUAUAUUAAGUAACCCAUUUACAACCAGUAGUUACAAUGAAGAAAAUGAAAAGGUGUCUAAUAUUGAAAUGAAUUCUAAUAAUAUUGAUAAUAUUAGUAAUUGUAUUCAGAAAAAGAAAACACAAAUCAAUUUAAAUAAUGUGUUGAAAGAAUUAAAAUUCAAAAGUGCAAAUAAUAUAAAAUAUGAAAGAGAUAAGAAUUUUGAUGAUAUAACAGAAAAAUAUAUAAAUGAUGGUUCAGAUGAUUUAGAAACAUAUAAAAAAAAUAGUUCGAUAAAUGAUGAAGAACCUUAUCAUUAUACAAAUUUUGUUAAACAUUAUGUAACAAAAGUUGGUAUAUAUAAUAAUAUGGAAAAAAACAAAUUCAAUUUUAAUGUCCCAUCACAAUCCUUUGGUAUUAAUCAUCUUUAUAAUAGGAACAAAAACUCUUAUGAUAAUAAUUCUUUUGAAUAUAAUAAAUCUUAUUCAUCCACAACUAACGAAGAACAAGAAAAAGAAAAAAGAGAAUAUGGAUUGAAUAACUGCAUGAAUUAUACAAAUAUGAACUGUUCUAAUAUAAACGAAAGUUAUUCAAACAUGAUCAGAAAUUAUAACACAAUGAUAAAUAAUCAUAACAUAAAUUGUACAAAUCCCAAACCAUAUUGCUUAUCCAAAUCAUUCUCUAAAAUUCGAAAAAUUAACCUUUGUAAUUCAGCCUACUAUCCACAUUGUACUUAUAGCAACCCAUUAAAAUCUAUCAAAAAAUAUUCUUGUACUAAUACAAAAAAUUAUAUAAACGAUUAUAAUUGUACCAAAAAUGCCACAGCCAUGCUUCCAGACCUUUCAUGUAUGAAUGGAGUUGAAAUUAUGAAAAAGCACAUUAAUAUCGAUAAUUUAAAAAAACAUGUAAACCUUGAAAAUGUAAAAAAAAAUAUGGAUUUAAAAAAUGUGAAAAAACUUAUAAAUUUAGAAAAUAUAAAAAAUAAAAUAAACUUUGAAAAUGUGAAAGAACGUGUAAAUAUAAAAAAUGUAACAGAUCAUAUUAAUAUAGAAAGUAUUUCUAAAAACGUUGAAUGUUUUGAUAAUAAUUAUUAUGAUAUUUUUGAAGAAGCAUAUAAAAAUUAUAUUAACAAAUAUGUAAAUAAUGUUAAGAACACAAUUAAAGAAAAAAAGGAAUAUUAUAAAAAAAACGUUAAUUGUAAUUAUGAAUUAAUUAAUAAAAAUCUCCUUAAAGUUGCAGCAAAUAAUAUUAAUAAUUUUAAUAAAAUGUAUUUAAAAAAUAAAUCUAAAUUACAAGGAUUAAAUACCAAAAAAUAUAUUGCAUUUAAUCAUAAUAAAUAUGUUCGAUUCUUUAAUUCAUGUUAUGAAAAAAAAAUUAAUUCAGUAAAAAAAAAAAUUGAAUUAAAUAAAAAAUUCCUUAAUAACUAUUUCCAUGCAUGUUAUUUUGAAUGUUCAGAAAAUCCUAUUUUAUCUAAUGAUAUAUCUAGAGUAUCUUCAUGUCCAGAUUAUCAAAAUUCAAAUGAACAAUAUCAUCAGAAGCAUUCAUCUAUGACAAAUUCAAUUAAUUCAAAAUCUAAUAUAUAUAACAGCUCCAGUUCACAUAAAUUAUUAAGCACACAAAAAAAAAAUACAAGUAACGAUUCAGAACAAAUCAACAAAAAUUUAUCUUUUUCCAAUUCAAACAAAGAAUUUAAUAGUAAUUCAGAAAUAGAUAUCUCCUGUUUUAAUAAUGGUGAAAAAACAUUUAAAUAUAUGAAGGCUAUUUUUGAAGAUUCAGAAGGAGCAGAAAAUGAAAUAAUUUAUGAUCAAGAAAAAAAUAUGUAUUUUGAUUUAAAUGAUAAUGCAUAUAUUAAUGUUAAAGGCAAUCUAUAUUUUAAUACAAAAGAUAAAUUAUUUUAUGAUAUAGAAUAUAUUAAAGAUAUAUCUUAUGAUAAUAUAAAAAAUAAUCUAUUCCAUUUCGGAAAUUAUCUCAUUACAGAAAAAUAUGCACCCUGUAAAAUAAUUAUGAAAAUGUGUGCUCAUAUUAAUCAAUUUAUGUAUAAUUUAUUAGGAGUAGCUAAAUAUGAUAUAUAUUAUAAACAUAAGGAUAAUUUAGUUGAAAUUAUAAUUAAAUGA